GCCUCAGAAGCAGGCCUCAGAAAACAGAAGCUCUGUCCGUCUCUUGCUCUCUAAUCAUCCGCUGCCUUUCUGUCUUAGAGCUGGCGAUAAAAUCUCUGACCUGUCUUGUCUGAUUGUUUCAGAGGGGGUCCUGCCCCUUACCCAGGAGGAAGGAAUACCGCACAGAGAGGCCAAGGAGAAUCUGGACCGGCCUUGCUGGGUUUCUGCACUCAGUCUGCUAGUAUUAGAUCACACUCUUUGUUCAAUCAAUUACUAUGAGGUUGGCCAUGCUUCAAUCAUCUCUCUCCAAUGAAAUCUCUACAAAACGCCCAAGAGAACUUCUAGAUAGCCUAAUAGGUAGAUGUUUCUGGAGGGUGGUACGCCUGGGAAGGGCAUAGAGCUCUGCGUCCCCUCUCCAUCUCACCCUGUGCACCACUUCAUCUGUAUCCUUGGUAAUAUCCUUUAUAAUAAACCAGUGAACCUAAGUAAGUGUUUUGUGAGCCAUUCUAGCAAAUUAAUGAAACCCGAAAAGGAGGUCCUGGGAACUGCAGCUUGAAGCCCGUCAUUGAGAAGUUCUGGAGGCCCUGACUUGUGUGACUGGUGUCUGAAGUAGGGGUAGUCUUCUGGGACUGAGCCCUCAGCCCGUGGAAUCUGACACUGUUUCCAGGUAGUUAGUGUCCGGAUUGAAUUGGAUGGGAAGAUACCCAGCUGGUGUUGGCUGCAGAGUUGAUUGCCUGCUUAUUGGUAGAGAGAAAUCCCCACGCGUCUGGUCACAGAAGUCUACUGUAUAGAUUGUUGUCAGGAAGGAUGCCAGUUCUGCGCUUCUCAGUAACUAUGAGGUGUUUCAGUUACUAACUGAUCUGAAGGAGCAGCGUAAAGAAAGUGGAAAGAAUAAACACAGCUCUGGACAACAGAACUUGAACACCAUCACCUAUGAAAACCUAUGGCUUUUGAGGAAGAGUACCACAGAGGUGAUCUCCCCUUCUUGUGUCAUGAUUUCUCGGGACGUUAAAAUACAUAUCAAAAACACCAUGCAGGCACCAGAGUCCUGAGAUUGUCAGGGAAUUUCUCACAGCAAUGAAAAGCCACAAGUUGACCAAAGCUGAGAAGCUCCAGCUGCUGAACCACCGGCCUGUGACCGCCGUGGAGAUCCAGCUGAUGGUGGAAGAGAGUGAAGAGCGGCUCACGGAGGAGCAGAUUGAAGCUCUUCUCCACACCGUCACCAGCAUUCUGCCUGCAGGGCCAGAGGCUGAGCAGAAGAAGAAGACCAACAGCGACGUGGCAAUGGACGAAGAGGACCCAGCGUAGAAGAGCACAGCUGGCCCUGGCAUUUCAUGACGUCAGAAGGCCCAGCAGCCGUUUCCUGGAUGUUGAGAGGAUUGUUUAUUUGAUUAUACCCUCUAUCCCGGCAGGCCUGGCUGGCUUCGUGGUUAGUUGGGUACAUCACAAAAAUAAGCUAAAAAGAAAUAUUUGUGCCUUGGGGAGAAGAAACAUGGUGAAGACAGGCUGAGGUUGUCAGGGCAGAGAGCUGAAGGUGGGGACAGUGACCGUGGACCCCUCUGUGCUUGAAAGAUUUCCUCCACAGCCUUUGCCCCAGUUGUGGGGAGGUCUCUAUACACAGCGGGGAAAAUGCUUGUGUCUUCUUUGGUGGGCCAUGUCCUAAUUAGUUUCAUCUGCUUCCCUGGGAACUUACUAAACAGGGGCUCAGAGCACUGUUGGGAAUCUGGUUAGAACCCCAGAGAGUUACUCUAAGUUAAAAUGAGUCACUGACCUUGGCUCACCUUAGAGGAAUUUCCUCGAGAACAACAGAGAUAAGAAAAGAACCGGCCUGGCCAAUCCUUCAACAGCUCUAGAGCCCCUUUUCUCUGCUGGCAGGGGCUUUGUUUACCAGCUCACUGUUUAGGCUAAAUGUUAGGGACCAGAUCACUGCAGUUGAAAACAGGCAUUCCAGGCUUAGUGACAGUGGCAGCAGAAACAGUGUUGGCUGCCUUCCUGACCACCCCACUUUCCUGCCCUGAGACAGCAGCCCAGGGCAGGUGCUUCACAUUGAGACCAGGUGAGCCUCAUUUGCACAACAGUCAAAUUGUUUGCUCCUUUAAAAAGGACACAAUUAGCCUGGCCCAGUGGCUUAUGCUUAUAAUCCCAGCACUUUGGGAGGCCAAGGCAGGAGGAUCACCUGAGGUCAGGAGUUUGAGACCAGCCUGACCAACAUGGAGAAACCCUAUCUCUACUAAAAAAAAAUACAAAAUUAGCCGGGCAUGAUGGUGCAUGCCUGUAAUCGCAGCUAUUCGGGAGGCAGAGGCAGGAGAAUCACUUGAACCCGGGAGGCGGAGGUUGCAGUGAGCUGAGAUUGCACUAUUGCACUCCAGCCUGGGCAACAAGAGGGAAACUUCAUCUCAAAAAAAAUAAGUAAGAUUAUUACCAUGUGAAAACCUUUUUAAUAUUCAGGAAUUCAGGAUUUGGAAAGUGUAGUUGCCCCAGGCAUGUGGUUGUUGCCUUAGGUCCUGCGAAUAUUGCUGAAAAUUGGAUUUUCCACAUUCACUGUCUUCCCUGUUUUAGGGAAGAAAAUGAUCGUAGACAUUCGAUUUUCCAAAUUGGUAGUCUUUCAUUUUCAAUGCUAAUGGGAUUACUUCUCUUCCAACCCUCCUGCCCAUCCAUCCGUCCCACUCCCCAGGCAAUUGAUUGCAGUUCCGUGCAUCUUAACCGUACUAUCUGGGAUUCAGCUGAAAUCUGUUUAUAGGCAACAUUGAAAGUACCAGAUUAGGGUCAGGUGUGGUGGCCCACACCUGUAAUCCCUAGCACUUUGGGAGGUGGAGGCGGGCGGAUAAUGAGGUCAGGAGUUCAAGACCAGCCUGGCCAACAUAGUGAAACCCCUUCGCUACUAAAGAUACAAAAAAAUCAGCCGAGUGUGGUGGUGCACGCCUGUGAUCCCAGCUACUCAGGAGGCUGAGGCAGGGGAAUCGCUUGAACCCGGGAGGCAGAGGUUGCAGUGAGCCAAGAUCGCACAUUGCACUCCAGCCUGGCCAACAGGGCGAGACUCCAUCUCAAAAAAAAUGAAUGAAAGUACCAGAUUGUACUUGUAAAUCUCUCUAGGGUAUUGGGAAUUUUACUGGGAGCUGUUGAUUUAUUUCUCAGGGCAUAUGUGUGCCGUGUGCCGAUCUGUCUCAUUAUUGUCUUUUUUUUUUUUUUUUUUUGAGACAGUCUCGCUGUAUUGCCCAGGAGUGCAGUGGCACAAUCUCAGCUCACUGCAACCUCUCCCUCCCAGAUUCAAGCGAUUCUGGUGCCUCAGCCUCCUGAGUAGCUGGGACUACAGGCAUGCGCCACUAUACCCUGCUAAUAUCUGUAUUUUUAGUAGAGAUAGGGUUUUGCCAUAUUGGUCAGGCUGGUCGUAAUGUCUCUUGUUAACACUGAAUAUGUUAGGUGGUUUUUCUCGAUGGAUUUAGGGUUAACCUAGUUAAUAAUAAAUUGUUUCCAGGUAAUUAUCAAGUUUUGUCAUCUUAUAAAUCUGAAGAGUUAAUAUUGUCAUGGAUACAAAUAAAGUGAAAUCUGACUGAA